UUUGGCUUAUUGUCUAUUCUUUUGAACCUGACUGUGAUUUUACAAUUGAGUGUAGAGGCUAACUGCAUGACUGAAAUUAGUAAUCUGCGAGUAUCCUUGAUUGGGUUGUGCCGCAUGAUUUUCUAUUGCAUGUGCUAACUCAAGAUGAAUUUCCAAUUCCAAUUCCGCUUAGGAGGUGUAAAACUGCUGUUGGUGAUCUUAAGUCUUCUCGYCUGCUUAUCACAGCUGCUUAUUUUGUGGUCGCUGAGUUCGAAAAAAAACGACUAUUUACAAAGAUUUGAAGAAGAAAAAGAAACUAAAGAAACCCAGAAUCGCCAAAACUUCUCUGAAAAUCGGAAAAUUAAUACUAUUUUGRGAAUUCAAAGGGUUUUAUCUACUCAAUCUCGAUUUGAAAGCUUCCCAAACAAGAAAAACACCAUCAUAAACGAAACACAAAAAACCCCGCAACUCCAAUUUACAAGGUCUGUUAACUCUUCCAAAGCAAUGCCUACAGCCCAGUUAACAACGACUGAGAAACUUGUGGACAUGGAGAAUGAUUAUUAUCCUUUUGUCGACUUUUUUUUCGUAUGGCCAGAAACGAUGCCAGAUUUGAAAGGAGAAAGAGAUUUUUUCCUAGUUGUUGUCGUUAAUUCGGCCGCCCGAGGAGAAAAAUACAGACUGCGUCGCGAAGCCGUCAGAAAAACUUGGGCAAAACAUAUGACAAAAUGUGAACUACUACAAAGUGCGAAGCUCAGAAAUCAUAAAUGGAUCUUAGUGUUUUCGUUAGGAAAAGCAGGAGAAUAUGCUGAUGAUAAAGCAAAUGCWGAAGAAGCCAAAAUGCACAAUGAUGUUUUGAUAGGUGACUUUSAAGACAUUUAUAUCAACAAUGUUAUUAAGAUGUUUAUGGGGAAACUGUGGGUAUCAUCAAUGAAUGUACGCUAUAUUCUGAAGACAGACGACGAUGUUUAUGUUCAAAUACCUUCACUUAUCGACUUCUUUAUGACACAAGGYUAUCCUAAACCAUUCUAUGGAGGUGCGCCUUACUUCAACUUCCAAGUGGAUAGAGACCCCAAGGGAAAAUGGGCCAUUAGCAAGAAAUAUUWCAGUGAAGAKWWUUUCCCYACKUUYUGUGCUGGAGCUUUCUACGUACUUUCCACAGAUAUUUUGAACAAAUUGUUUAAUUAUGUUCGUCGAAGGCGACCAUUUCACACAGACGAUGCCUAUCUUGGGAUUGCAGCUAGAGAUAUGAACAUUACGGUCCAAAGAAUCCCCGGCCUCUUGUUGGAACCCUCUAUGUCCGAUAUUUUGARAGGCUUUGAUGACUGUAAACUGAUACAAGCGAGGGGAUAUGGACACGACGUAGAUCCGCCGACAAYGAACAUAGUUUUCAAUCGAUUAGAGGAUCUUUGUGGGAUGAAUAACAUUACGUGCCCUAAAAUAGAAGAAAAAACAUGACAAUCACGUUUGCAUCACGCUCUAU